AUGCCUACAACACUUAAUGACUUAGCAGAGGAGCUCAUCCUUGGUAUUGGGGUAUUUUUACCGCAAAGUUCCCUUGCAAGGCUAGCACGAUGCUCCAGUCGAUAUUAUGCUAUGUGCAUUGAACUACUAUACUCUCACUGCACUGUGGGAAAUCGGAAAUCGUUAAAAAUACUGAUCUACACUAUUAUCGAAAGAUCGUUGAUUGGACCAGCAUUCGUUGGCUGGAUCUACGUCACUUUAGCUGGAAUGACUUGUGUCGCCCAGCCCCGUGGAAGACAAAAUAUCUCUACCUGGACGGGCAUUGUUUGGAUGGAAAUAUCAUGUUGGGGUUUGAUUACAGUACUUCUUUGCCUCGUUCCGAAAUUAAGUGUGCUGGGACUUCCAGCACUGGGAGAAGAGCGCCGUUGGCAUGGAGUAACUUUGAAGGGAAGUCAUUACGAAGUUUCUACAUUUAGUAACUUCAUUGCUCGACUCGCAGAAGAUCAGCGGACUGAAUCUCCAGACAUCGCUCCUCUAAGGGUGCUUGAAAAUUUAGAAAGCAUAACAAUUGCACCCGAUUUUUACCAUAGAAGAACAAGAUUGGAUUCCAUCGUGCCACUUAUGGUUUUAAGAUCUGUGGAAAGAUUCAAGAUUGUCUCGAUGUGA